UAAACGGCUGUUUUGCAAAUAGUAAACACUGAAAAUUAAAGUUACUGAGGAAUAAUUUAUCACGUUUACUAUUUAAGUGAAUAUCCACAUUCAGCAUAUUGUCUUUAAAUUCUGGGAAGUGCUCCUUUAAAAUGGAUGUAUGUCGUGUUUGUUUGGUAGAGGAAGCUGAUGUGUUUCUUUCCUUGUUCUCCAAAUUGGAACAGGUUUCCAUUGCAGAAAUGAUGAGUUAUUUCACCGGAUUAGAGAUUGCGAAAGGUGAUGGGCUUCCGCGUUUCAUAUGUAAAGAAUGUUCUGAAGAUGUGGUCAAAUCGUACAAAAUUAGACGGAAAUGUUUGGAUUCGGAUCGAACGCUUAGAAGUAUAUUGGAAAAGAGUCGUGAAAAUAUCAAGGUUGUAGAAUUGUAUCUGAAGAAAGAGGUACUAAAAGGAAAUUCCGAUGUAGAAUCGACCGAGAUUAAUAAGUUGUCAUAUAUAUCUGCUGAUGUUAUCAAAAAUGUUGCUGAAAAUAACAAACUGAUGAGUCUAUUUGAUCCACAAGAUCAUACCGCUGAUAACCAGGAAUAUAACGAGACAGUAACGGAAGAAAUAGAAACACUGAGUGAAGAAAAUUUGCAAGAGGAAGGCAGCGAAUCUGUUAAAAAGGAACUAAUAACACCUGCGCCUCUAGAUGCUGACUGUUCGGAUAGUGCUGCGGAAGAUGAGACCCAGUAUACAGCGGACAAUUUUUCUGAUGCUGAUCCUUCCCAAGGAGAUAAAAAAGAAAAUGAAGAAUACGAGACAUUGGAACAUCCUACGGAAGAAGAAUAUGAGUAUGCCGAAUACUUAGAAGUUGGCCAAGAGACAGUUGAAGAAGUUCAGUAUACAGUUGAAACGGAUAUUGGCGAAGAGCAAAUUGUUCUUGUUCAAAGACUUGACGAGCCGUUGCAUGAAGGCAAAAUCAUUUGCUGUGGAUGCGAAAUGCAUUUUGCUGAGUCCGGAGAUCUGCAGCAGCAUUCGAUUGACCAACAUAAGAAAAUGAGAAUAAAAAAUAACGCCAAGCCGUUCGAGUGUCAGGUAUGCUUCAAACGGUUUGUCAGCGAGAAACGUUUACAUUUUCAUCAAACGUAUGUCUAUCGAGAAAAAAACCACGUGUGUGAACAGUGUACAGCUCGGUUUACAUGUCGUGGGUCCUUAUUGAAUCACAUGAAAACGCAUGCGGAUCGAACAUAUACUUGUGAAACCUGUAACAAAUCCUUCUAUACAAGCAGUACGUUGCAAUCGCAUCGCUUGCUGCACUCUGACUUGAAACGAUUCCUGUGUACCGAACCGGAUUGCUCUAAAAGUUUCCUUCGGAAAUCAGACCUUCACAUCCACUUAGUUUCCCAUUCUGACGAGCGCCCCUUCGUGUGUGAGAUUUGUUCCAGCCGGUUUAAAUCGAAGGCCCAUCUCGUUCAUCAUGGUAAAGUUCACACUCGGGAAAAACCUUACAAAUGCAAUAAAUGUGAAAAAUCGUUCGGAACAUAUUCCGCCCGAAAUGUUCAUCAAUUGGCGCACGAGGGCAUUCACCCAUACAAGUGUAAUUUCUGCGACAAAAUAUACCAACGCAAUACAAAAUUGCAGGUUCAUAUCCGUCGCAUUCAUACUGGCGAACGCCCUUUUGCAUGUGACAUAUGUAAAGACACACGGUUCUAUCAAAAUUGGGAGUUGACUGCACACAAGAAGAAGGUCCACCAGGCUGAAAACAUUACUGUAUGCAGCAUCAAAGAGGAAUUAGUUGACGAGGAAAGUUCUCUAGCAAAUAAGGCAAAGAGAAUGAAGCCGUGAGUUCUUGACAACUGGAUAUUUGCCAGUUGAUUC